CGAGGCGGCGGCCGCGCCCCCGCGUGGCGCGUGGCCGUUCUCCGUCGCGCGGUGAUGACGCCUCCUUAGCAACGCGUCGCGUUGCUAGGGGCGGCCAUGGCGGAGGCGGACGCGGAGGACGCGGCCCGGCCGUGGCCGACGCCCGCGGGCGUCUACGCGGAGGAGCGGGGGCUCUUCCAGCUCCUGCAGAACAUGCUUGAAGAGCUAUUAAUUCAUCAGCCUGAUGAUCCCAUCGAGUUCAUGAUAAACCACUUAAAGCAAAACAACGAUGAUGCUCCAAGAAUUUGUGUCCUUGGUCCACCUGCUUCUGGGAAAACUACAGUUGCAAUGUGGCUUUGUAAACAUUUCAAUGCCAUACGUGUCUCUCAGGAGACUUUGUUAUUCAAGGAAGUAUUAAUGCAGACAGAGGAAGCAAAAGCAUAUAAAGAAAGAAACCAGAAAAUUCCCAACGCGCUUUGGGCCAAUCUGAUCCAGGAACGUCUGUCAAACGUGGACUGCAUCAAACAAGGAUGGAUUUUAGAAGGCUUCCCUGAAAACCAGGAACAGGCAUGGAUGCUGCAAUCAUCUGGCAUUUUUCCUAGGCAUGUUGUUAUGCUCUAUGCCCCAGACACUGUGCUGAUUGAGAGGAGUGGUGGGAAAAGGCUGGAUCCCCUCACACAAGAGGUUUUCCACACAACCUUUGACUGGCCAAGUGACCCUGUGGUGCAGCAGAGGUUGGUGAAACCAGAAGAUCUCUCUGAGCAGGAGGUGUCCAAGAAGCUGCUGGAAUAUCACAGGAACUUCCCAGAGAUUUUCCACAUCUACCAGAAAGUUCUGAAAUCCAUCAGUGCAGACCAGCCCUCCGUGGAUGUUCUCUCACAGGUUCUUGCCUUUGUGCAAACCCGGCACCGAUCUGCUGCCCCCUUUACACCCCGGAUUCUCUUUCUUGGCCCCCCAGGCAGUGGCAAGAGCCUGCAGGCAGCACUAAUAGCUCAGAAAUAUGAUGUUGUCAACAUUUGCUGUGGGCAACUGCUAAAGGAAGCUGUUGCAGACAACACAAAACUUGGAGAACUCAUUAAGCCUUACAUUGACAGUGGAUGCCCAGUGCCAGACAACCUUGUCCUGAAGCUGCUGACAGAACGGCUGAGUGCCCUCGACUGCCUGAGCAAUGGCUGGGUGCUCUCUGGCUUCCCCAGGGACGUGGAGCAGGGAGAGCAGCUGCAGAAAGCACAGAUUAAUCCCAACAGGGUGUUCUUCUUUCAUCUCCCCUACGAGUCCAUCAUGGAGCGCCUGUCCCAGCGGAGGACUGAUCCUGUCACUGGGGAGAGAUACCACACCACGUUCAGACCAGCUCCCACUCCAGAGAUCCAGGCCCGGCUCAGGCAGAACCCCAAAGAUGAGGAAGAAAAUAUUAAGAAGCGCCUGAACAUCUAUUACAGCAAUGUCAAAGCCCUGGAGGAUUUUUACCAAGAUGCCUUUUAUGUCAAUGCUGAUCAAGACCCUUAUGUUAUGUUUGAGUUCAUAGAAAGCUGUAUCAUUAAACCCCUUCCGUGUAAAAAACACUAGAAGUUUAUAAUUAAAGGGAUGAUUUGUGGAGGA